AUGUCCUCCCGCAUCACCAGAGCGUCCAAUGCUGACAAGCAUCCCGGAGACAUCGUCAAAGCGUUCAACCGCCGGACCACCGAAGAAGUCGAGCUCCAGAAGAAGCAGAAGAGAGCAGCCCAAGACAAGAAGGACGCCGACUUGAAGCGCUCACAACGACGUGUUGCUGACAUGGAAAAUGAGUUAGCCAAAAAGCGUGCGAGAGAGGUUGCCCACGCACCGGUUGCACCGGCAAUCCCAGCCCUCAAACAGAAGGUGAACCCCCAUGCUGCUGCUGCUACUGCUGUCAACAGCAACAACAGCGACAUAGACAGGGCGGUGUCCAACGUGCCUUCUGGGACCAAGACGAAGGGGAAGAAGUCCAACGCCACCAGCGGCAGCACAAACGACGGCAAGACAAAGGCCAUGCCUAAGACUGCGAAGCCAAAGCCAAGGCAGAGCAAGGUGCCAUUAGCCAUUGACGAUGGUGCCGAUGAAUCUGAUGGCGCUGAAGAGGCUGUCAACGACAUCGACAAAUCAGCACCCAAGCCCGUCGCUCGGAAGCCAGGCAAGAAGGCAGCCAAGAAGACUAUCAACGGAGGUGAAGAUAGCGCCAAGGCCAACAGUGGGUUGGAGAUUGAGGAGCCAUUGAAGGUUGUGAGGAGGAGUGUAGCACAAAAGGCGACUUUCCGCAAUGGAGUGGACACGACGAGGAUAGAGGCACAGUCCAAGACCGGUGCGGAGAUACCAGUCGUCGCCGCAAAAGGCAAGUCUGGUGCUCCGACAACCCGCGCCAUUGGCUUCAAGACGGAUGUCAAGAAGUGGUCCGCGUCUGUUGCCGCUCGUGGUCCGCCUGCUUCGGUGUCGACGACCUCUCGCUCCCGCAACUUUCUUACCAGUGCCAAGUCUUCUACUCUCGCUCCCCAAUCCAUCACCACGUCAAAAUCAGUCCAACCCGGCCCCAAGGCUACAUCCAAACCCAAGCCCACACAGAAGCAGCAUCAUCCCGAGCCCGAGCCCGAGCUCCCCAACGAAGAUGAGGACGGGGGUUUUGGGCUCUCGGAGGAUAACGCUGAGGAUUUAGCCCGGGAACGGGCAAGUAUUCGCACCCAGGCAGGUGGCCGAGACGUUGUGGAACUUUCUAGUCCCCCACCAAGCCCUUCGCCUGAUUUGGAGGUAUCCUCCUCAGACUCCCCCCUCUCGCUCCCUCGCCCGUUCACUCAAGUGCCCCGUGAGCACCUCCCAUCUCCUCCCGAGGACGUCACGUCUCCUCUCGAGCGUCUCUCCCCCGUUUCCGAAGACAUCACGUCCCCCUCCGAACACCACGUCUCCUCCCGACCCAACAAGCGUCGUCGUGUAGAGAGUGGAGAUGAAGAGGAUGAUCAGGGAGAGCAGGCGGAAUUAAAUGUGGAACAGGAUGAGGAGCAUGAUGAGGACGCUGCACCUGACUCCAAGCCCGAAAUCCAGCCCGCUGCAAAACCUAAGCCUCGCACUACGAACAUGGCCGAUGUCGAGAUCCAGGCUGCGAAGCGCCUCAAGAACAUCUCAGGCAAGGCUGUCGUUACCAAACCCGAGAAGGCCGCCUGCGCUGGCAAGGACACUGUUGCAAACAGUGCGAAGAACGAUGAUGCUGCCGACAAGAGCAAGGACAGCAGCAAGCACAAGAAGAAGCACAGUAAGGACACAUUACCUGCGCACGCUCGCAACAACAACAGGUGGGCUCGUGUUUUCAUCCCGACAUUCCUCGCCUGGCUUGCUUGCCAGAAGGAGGUGUGGGGUCCCUCAAACAAGAAGGUUCUCGCGGCCCUUCGAAAUGUCUGGCACGCGGUUUACAACGAAGAUCUACCAUCGGAGCAGGACUCGAUUCGCGGGGCUGUGUUUACCCUGUGUAAGCAGAGAGCCAAUGAAUGGCGCAGCAACUUCGGCUCCACCGCUACCUCCGUCCUCUCGCUUUCGUUUGCCGACGAAGGUAUGUUUGGCAACGACGAGGCAGAGUCGCAGCGAACGGAAUACGCCGCUGGACUGCUUGUCGGUAAUGCCUUCAUGUACGAGAACGUCCCCGAGGACGGGUCAAAACCCAGCGGCAACUUCAGGAGCCCGCUGUAUGCAAGCGUUCUCGCUACCCAUCGCGCCGCUAUUCGCGGCCGCAUUAGAGUUCCCGAAUACGACGACGAGCAAGAUGACUACGUUCCGCGUGGGGCCCUGACACUUGCAUGUGCCGCGACUGAGCGCGCGUGUCAGCUUGGUUCCAACAACCAGCUAGGUGACCUCGAGUCAGUCGUCGAAGACUUGGUCACCUUCCAGGCUAGCGGUAGCUCGGGUUGCCCCAUCUUGAAGGCCAAGAGCCUCCUCCAGACGCACUCAAAGGGUCGCAAGCAGGUCAAUGAGCGUACGGGCAAGCCUUCGACCACCCUCGGGAAUUUCUCGGAGGCAAACUGGAAGUGGGCGACGGACCUGUAUUGGUCGAGCAUCGAGCGCAUGGGAGAUAAUUACCUUGCUGACGCAUUCAAGGCAACCGAGGCGCAUGCCCGCAGCCUGAAGAGAGGCGACGAGGACGAGGAAAUGGAUGACGUCGCGCAUUCGGAUCCCCGUGCGAUGCUGGAAGAGAAUUGUAAUAUUCUCCUCCGCUUUUCGUAUACCUACUAA